CCUCCCUCCGGCUCGUGACAACGAAGCGCCGCGGUCUGAGGCGGCGGCGGCGGCGGCGGCGGCAGUAACGGUGCGGCCGGUGGAACGAGCGAGGGAGCCGGCCGUGCGGCCCGCCCCGCCCCCGGGCCCUGGCCUCCGGCGCCCGCCCCGACAGCGCUUCCGUUACGGCCGUUAGUCCGGCGCGGGCCCCGGGGCCGGCCGCGUCGGCGCGCCGGUAGCUGCCUUGACGGACUUUGGCGCGGCCUGGAAGCCAGCGCUCCGCCCGCGCCCGGGGCCCCGCGCCCGCCGGGCUCUGCGUGGUCGCUCCCGCGGGACGGACUGGUCCUUCGGGGCGCGCUCUCUAACGGCCGGCGUCUUGCGGGAGCCGCUCCGAGCUUGCUUCCGCGCCGCAAGUUCUCCCCGGGGCGCAGCGCUGCCCGCCGCGAGGUUCCGAGUUGCCCGGCCGACGUGGAGCCGGCGUCUCUCCGCUUCCUCCUGGGCCGGCAUAGCCGGCGAUCCGCCCCCUCCUCGCUCCGCUCACUACCCCGGGCGUGCGGGGGGACCCGGCCAUGGGCCGCGGCGCGGGUCGGCCGCCCGCCGGGAGGCAUGGCUCGGGGGCCGGCCGCUAGCGGCGCCGCCGCCCGGGCUCUCGGGCCGGCAUGAAGACGGCCGCGGGGGGCACGAAAGCGACCCGCGGGGCCGUAGGCUGCGUUGCGCCGGGGACAAAGAAGCCAUGCAGUGACACCCGCUAAGACUUGUUGGUAGCCAUGUCGGAGCCCCACAGGGUCCAGUUCACCUCUCUCCCAGGUUCUUUGAAUCCUGCGUUUUUGAAGAAAUCCCGGAAAGAGGAAGUUGGGGGAGCAGAGCAGCAUCAGGACUCGGAGCCGGCUGCGGCCGCUGUUCGGAUCACACUCACCCUCUUUGAGCCGGAUCACAAACGUUGCCCAGAGUUCUUCUACCCAGAGCUGGUGAAGAACUUACGAGGGAAGGUGAAAGGACUUCAGCCCGCAGACAAGAAGAAAGAUCUCUUGGAUCCUUUCAAUGAUGAAGAAAAGGAAAGGCAUAAAGUGGAGGCCCUUGCUAGGAAAUUUGAAGAAAAAUAUGGUGGAAAGAAACGUAGAAAAGACCGAAUACAGGACUUGAUUGAUAUGGGUUAUGGUUAUGAUGAAUCCGAUUCCUUCAUUGAUAACUCUGAGGCGUAUGAUGAGCUUGUUCCUGCUUCUUUGACUACAAAGUAUGGAGGAUUUUAUAUCAACUCGGGGACCCUGCAGUUUAGACAAGCGUCAGAAUCUGAGGAUGACUUCAUUAAGGAAAAGAAGAAAAAAUCUCCCAAGAAGCGGAAGUUGAAGGAAGGUGGUGAGAAGAUAAAGAAGAAGAAAAAAGAUGACACUUAUGACAAGGAGAAGAAAUCGAAAAAGUCCAAGUUUUCCAAAGCCGGCUUUACAGCCCUCAAUGCCAGUAAGGAGAAGAAGAAAAAGAAGUAUUCUGGGGCUUUGAGUGUUAAAGAGAUGCUGAAGAAAUUCCAAAAGGAGAAAGAGGCUCAGAGAAAGAGGGACGAAGAGCAUAAGCCCAUAGCAGUGUCAUCAGCGGAAGCUCAGGGCUUGCGGGAAUUGGAAGGCGCCUCCGACCCUUUGCUCUCGCUCUUCGGCUCGGCCUCUGACAAUGACUUGCUGCAGGCAGCCACUGCCAUGGACUCGCUGACGGAUUUGGACUUGGAGCAGCUGCUCAGUGAGUCUCCAGAAGGAAGCCCCUUCCGCGAUAUGGAUGAUGAAAGCGAUUCCCUUGGGGUGGGACUGGACCAGGAAUUCAGGCAGCCCUCUUCCCUUCCCGAAGGCCUGCCUGCACCCCUGGAGAAGCGCGUUAAGGAGCUGGCUCAGGCUGCCAGAGCUGUGGAGGGAGAGAGCAGACAGAAGUUCUUCACCCAGGAUGUUAACGGCAUCCUCCUAGACAUAGAGGCACAGACCCGGGAGCUGAGCAGCCAGACCCGUUCUGGAGUGUAUGCCUACCUUGCUUCCUUCCUGCCCUGCAGCAAAGACACCUUGGUCAAGCGUGCACGGAAACUGCACCUCUGUGAGCAGCAGGGUGGGCGUCUGAAGGAGCCGCUGCAGAAACUUAAGGAAGCCAUCGGCAGGGCCAUGCCUGAGCAGAUGGCCAAGUACCAGGACGAGUGCCAGGCCCACACGCAAGCCAAGGUCGCCAAGAUGCUGGAAGAGGAGAAGGACAAGGAGCAGAGAGAACGGGUCUGUUCUGAUGAGGAGGAAGAUGAAGAGAAAGGGGGCCGGAGGAUAAUGGGACCCCGGAAGAAGUUCCAGUGGAGUGAUGAAAUCAGGGAGCUGCUCUGUCAAGUGGUGAAGAUAAAACUGGAGAGCUUUGACCUGGAGAAGAACAAGGCCCAGUCCUGGGAGGACUACGUGAAGGCAUUUCUGGAUGCUGAGGUCAAACCUCUCUGGCCCAAAGGCUGGAUGCAGGCCAGGACUCUGUUUAAGGAGAGCAGACGAGGCCACGGGCACCUGACAUCAAUUCUGGCCAAGAAGAAAGUAAUGGCCUCUUGCAAAAUGAAGGUGAAGGAAUCAUCUGCUAAGCCAGAUAAGAAGGUGUCCGUCUCAUCAGGCCAGACGGGCAGCCCCCUGGCUUUGCCUUCAGAGCACCUGGGAGGAGGCCUGGGCGUGGGGGCUGCAAGCAGGGAGCCCUCGUCCCAGGCAUCUGGCAGCCUCGCUCACCCUGCUCCUGUCAACCUGGAGGACUCGUUGGAUGGAGACUUGGUCCAUAAUUCUGCCUCCUCGUUGGAGGCAGUGUCCAAGGAACUGGCUGUAUUGCACAGCAGGGCUGGUGGGGGCUCAGAGUUCCCGCUGCCCACACACGUGAAAGUGCCUGCAGAGAAGCUCGCGGGUGUUCUAUGUCCAGAAGAAAAAAGGAACUUUCCAAAGCCCAGCCCUUCUUCUGCCCCUCCACCCUCUAGCUCUCUGCAGUCACCCCUCAAUUUUCUGGCUGAACAGGCUCUGGCCCUGGGGCAGUCCUCUCAGGAGAAAAAAACAGAGAGUUCUGGCUACAAAGAGCUGUCCUGUCAGGCUGCUCUUGGCAAGGGCCCGCCGGAAGGGCAGCAGCCAAAAGCCAAGCACCACGGCUUGCCGCGGACGUCUCACGCACCCCCGGCGGGCACCGCCAUGCCCGGCCCCCAGGUCAAGGUCUUUCAUGCCGGCACGCAGCCGCAGAAGAGCUUCACCCCUCCGGCUCCAUUCAUCAAUAAGCUUCAGGGCCCGAAGCCUGGCUCCCCUCAGUGUCACCGAUCCCUCCUGCAGCUUGUCAAGACAGCGACCAAAAGCCAGAGCUUUCAUGCUUCCAUGCCAGCCUCCUCAGGCACGCCAGCCUCCAGCAGCAGCUCUCAUAAGACCCCAGCUUCAUGCUCUGCUGCCGUGAGCCAUCCAGCAAAACCACACUCAGCCAGCUCUUCAGGACCACCCUACAAGACCAGUCCCUUCCUGGGCUCUGCCUCCAAACAUGGGGUGUCGUCCGGCAGCCCCUCAUCUGGAGGAACGCCGGUCCAGAGCCCUGCUUCUGGGAACCUGCUCCCCACGGCGCAGCCUCCCUCCACAGGACAGUCCACCAGCCGACCUGUCCCUGGCCCUGCAGUGAAGAAGCCGCCUGUACCCCAGAAGUUGACCCUGGUGGCCCCUCCCGGUGGUCCCAAUGGAGAUUCUAGUGGGGGGACCCAGGGUGUGGCCAAGUUACUGACCUCCUCCCUGAAGCCCAGCGCGGUGAGCAGCGUGACAUCGUCUACCUCCCUGCCAAAAGGAGCGAGUGGGGCUGUGCUGUUGACUGGCUCCUCAUCCUUGAACCUGCUGUCUUCAACCUACAAGGCUGGCAGUCCCAAGCUCCCUGGGGCCUUGAACUCGAGCCCCUUGGGGAUUAUCUCCCAGCUUCCCCUCCACGUGAUCUCCUUCAGUGCUGACUCCUCUGCUAAAGCGGGGGUCUCCAAGGAUGCCAUCGUCACUGGCCCUGCCCCCGGGACGUUCCACCAUGGCCUCGGCCACAGUCUCCUGGCCGGCGUGCACUCCAGCCCGCCUCGUGCCGCGCCUCUCCCGCACACUGCUGUGUCUACCCACCUCCCGCAGAGCCUGCCAGAUGCUUCUCAGCUUCAUGGGAAAGGGCCCAGUGUACCAAGGAAAUUGUGAUUUUCAGGGCAAAGGCUGGAAGCUGCACAAGGAGGUCUCAGAAGUUGGAUGAUAACUACGCUCUGCCAUUGGUUUUCUUCUGGAGAAGGCGUGAGUGCUAAGUGGAGCGUCUCUUGGCACGUGUGAUGUGCCUUCAGUUCAGGGAGCAGCUCUGUGCUUCUCUGGGGGCCCCGGCCAGCCUGGUGCUCAGCGCCUCGUGGCUCUGUUGCAGACAGUCGUUGGAGGGGCAGCGCUAGGCCAAGGAGCAUGCCAGCUCGUGCUGGGCGCUCUGGUGGCAGGGCAGAGGAGGUGGCCCAGCUCCUCGCAUUUGGCCAGAGUACCUCAGCGCAGCCUACUGGUCGGGGGCUCCUUCUGCCCACAGUGGGCUCCCUGGUUGGUCAGAGUGUCCGUCCAUCCUCCCGGCUCACACCCCAGCUGGGAGAGGUACCUUGUUCUCUGAAAAAUACUCAGAACACCCAACGUGUGCUCAUCGUGGGGGCCAUUCUCUCCACUGAACAUGACAAUGAAGCUCUUUUAGAGAAAAGACCUUUGUAGAUUCAACAAUUAUGGUAGGAUUUUUAAAGACACUUAUUUUUGGCUCAGUUUUGAUCCUUACCAUUAAAUGCAUUGGAUAGAAUUGGACUGUUCUCCGCACUUCAUGUUGUUCCUAGAAAGACAUAAUUCCAGUGCCUUUAUGGUGGAGCAGGACUGGACACGUCCACUUGGCCCUCUGAGUGGGUCUCAGAUGAAGACCUUUUUAAAGACAUGUCUGUAUCUAAGACAGAACCAGCUUAUUUGAGUUUUCUAUGGUUGCACAUCACAACCUGGGCCAUCCUGACUGGAAGGUCACCUGGGCCCUGCCUCAGGUCCCAGCUCAGCCAGGGCCCCUCACUUUGUUUCUCCCAAGUUCAUGCAGGUGGGCUGCAGAGCCCCGAAUUCCUUCUUCGUCUCUUUGAGGGCUGAGGAUGUGAGGAGUUCCAGGCUGCAGGUAGACAUUCCAGUUUAUCGUAAAACCAUGCUCAGGCAGAGCUGCGGGAACAGGCCCCUAGGAAGUGUGUGCCGUGCAGAAGCUGGCCUUGAGGUCCAUGCUCUCCAGACAGCAGGCUCUGCCUUCACUGGGAGGUGGACAAGGCUGUGCCCCUCUCAGCCAGCGGCUGCUUCUCAAGGAUUUUUCGGGCGCUUGCCUGUCCUGUGAAGUCUGAACCGACUGUUCCAGCUAAGUCAUUUCCCUUAUGUUGAGAGUAAAUAGCCUCCUCAGAAUGUGCGCCUGCCUACGUGGAGACAUGGGCAGGUCCUUUUGGGUCCUGACUCCCAGGAUAUGACUCUUGGUGUCUCUCGAUUUCUCAGAGGCGGUCCGGCUGCCCAGGGAGCAAGACUGCGGUUGGCCAGCCAGCCAGCCAGGCCUCUGCUUGACUUUUUUUUAACAGAAAAACCAACACGUGUGUCACAUGGGGCCACGUGGAAUCCUCGUCCCUUUACUCUAUUUUUUGCAACUUGGGUUUCCAGUUUACAGACUAGUCUUAGGUAGUAGCAAAAGAGCCAAAGAAGAGAUUGGUAUUGCUGAGCUCAGAGCGGCGCAGAGGCCGUCCGUCCAAGAGCGCUGAGCGGCGGGAGGACACCAGGUGCCCCACCCACCGUGCCCCCACCUCCCGGCACCACCCAGCUUUCGGCCGGAGCAGGAUGCCCUCCUCCUUAGGAAUCUAGCGAUGCCUCUUGCCUCAGGGAAACGUUUCUUUGAUGGGGAGUUGAUGAGGUUUCUUUUCCUUGUUGAUGCUUUAUUUGUGGUAACGGAAGAGUGAGUGACUUUAGCCACGGCAAGGAGGGCUGCAGGCGGAGGCGUCCCGGCCACCAUGCUGUGGGCUCCCCUUGCUGGCAAUUCUUGGGUGUGAAAGGGCUGUGGCUUUUGUGCAGCGACUAUGUUGGUGUUGGGGGUGGUGUGGAAAUUGUUAAUCUUGUAUAAAGCAACACAAUAAAUUGUUUCAAGGUUUCCAGAA